AUGUAUAUUUUCCAGGCUGCCAUUAAAGCACACGAACUCCGUAACAAGAACAAGGCUGAGCUUCUCAAGGUCCUUGACGAACAAAAGCAAGCUCUUGCUAACCUCCGUGUUCAAAAGGUUGCCGGUGGUAGAGCUCAAGAACUCGGUGAAGCUCGUAAGAACGUUGCUCGUGUCUUGACUGUCAUCAACCAAACCCAACGUGAACAACUCCGUCUCUUCUAUCAAAAGAAGAAGUACGUUCCUUUGGAUCUCCGUGUCAAGAAGACCCGUGCUAUGCGUAGAGCUUUGACUCCUUAUGAAAAGUCCUUGAAGACUGUUCGUCAACAAAAGAAGUUGGCUCACUUCCCUCUUCGCAAGUACGCUGUCAAGGCUUAAGUUGCUCUUCUUUUGACAAUAAAAGAUUUUGUAUAAUACAGUUCUUUAUUUUUUACUUCAUUCAGGCGAUUAAAAAUACAAGCUUGCUUAAAGUAUCUUUAUUUACGUUUGCUAUUACUAAACAUAUUAAAGACUAGAAAUGCCAUUGAUAAUUCCAUUUGACAUAUUACAAGCCAAAGUCCCUGAGGCUAGUCAGGUGUUUAGUAUAUUGUCAAUCACUCUCAGUUUAACACAGUUGUACUGGAAAGGCAUGUUAAUU